AUGCUAGUCCACGUUUGAUAAUAUAAUGCGCAGUCGAUCAAACCGAGUUCAUUUCGUCGUAGGCGUUCGCUGAAGGAGGUCGUCCAAAUAACGCAAGAUGGUGUUGUGCUGUUUCUGUAUCUUUUUCCUACAUUUUCACAAAGUGCUAUUUAAACAGUGCGUUAAGUUGUUUCGCGAGUGUUGUUCAGUGUGUGUAGUUAGCUGGCUCAUCGUAGCUGUUUUAAAGCGAGGAUUGUUGCCUUCAGAGGGAGGUAUUUACAAAUGGUAAAUCAACUCUCUCUGCUGGCAGUCAGGAGCCAUCAAUAUCCGAGAUCUGGUAGAAAUAGUCGAAGACAUCAGUACCCAAACUCAGAACUAACACUUCCGCUGGUGGUCCGGGGGAGGAUGACAUCAAUAUGGGAGGUGGUAGGAGGAUGAGCAUGCGCUUUGUUGACGGCCAAUCCAAAAGCUCCCCUUCCAACCCCUACUCUUUCUAUCCUUCCCUUCUCCACCCUGAAAUUUAAUUAGGGUGAUAUGAGGGUGGUAGCGGUGUAAUGUCGGCGACCAUCAUUUGCCGUGCUACUUCCCGUCAUGAGAGCAUCAUACUAUUAGAAACAGCAUACAACAGAUAAACAUCACCGAGAGGCCGAUGCCUUCUUGAGACAAAAUUCCAUUUAUCCCGUGACUUCGAAAAAGCUCUAUGAGUCUGGAAGUCGGGAUGUACGAUAGUUGCCCGUACUCGGGCGGGCUGGAAUUGAAACGUUGCUCCAUCAAAUCGGAAGAAAUAUCAACGACGACAGAGUGGUACCGGUUCUGCAACCCGAGCACAUUUCAGCAGCUGAAACAGAGCGUCGAGAAGGCGAAGGCCGCGUUGACCGCGUCGUCAGCAUUUACUGAUCUGUCCCCAACUUUCCAGCCAACAGACGACAAGCGAAAUCAUGGGUUCGAUUCGCAAAAUCGUCUGGAGAAGAAUUCUGCAAUUUGCCACCUUUCUCCCUCCCCGACAGGGAUGACGAAUGUAGGUAAGGGUAGUUACCACCCUUUGCCUUCGAGUAUAACAGACUCCCUUCGAGUGAGCAAAUCAGAUACCGGCUACAAGGGAUCAUGGAGCUCUCACAGCGCUGCUCAAUCACAAGGGUACAGCAAUUCAUUGACCGGAAUGGCCAAGUCCUCACUGGACGCUCACACCCAUCUGAGGCAGCCAGAUCCUUACCAGAUGUUCGGACCGACCAGCAGUAGACUAGCGAGUUCAGGUUCAGGACAGAUCCAACUAUGGCAGUUUCUUCUCGAGCUGCUGAGCGACUCGAGUAACGCCAACUGCAUCACAUGGGAGGGUACGAACGGCGAGUUCAAGCUCACCGACCCCGACGAGGUCGCCCGGAGAUGGGGCGAAAGGAAAUCCAAGCCAAACAUGAACUACGACAAGCUCAGUAGAGCGUUAAGGUAUUACUACGACAAAAACAUUAUGACAAAAGUGCACGGUAAGAGGUACGCCUACAAAUUCGACUUCCAGGGGCUGGCGGCGGCGACUCAGCCCAGUGCGGCAGACCCGACUGCUUACAAGUACCAGAGCGAUCUUUUCAUGUCGUCGUACCAUCAUUCAGCGAAGCUCAAUUUCAUGAGCCCUCAUCCGAUACCUUCCUCGUCUGCUAGUAUAUUUCCAUCGGCAGGAUCGUAUUGGAGCAACCCAAGCGCCAAUCUCUACUCGAACAUAGGGCACGGCAUGGGCCAUCCAGGUGCCCUCGGUACGUACCCGCACUACGCAUGACAGACCCACAGGUACAUCCUACCAGAACUCACAGAUGACUAAGUACAAAUGUGUGGCUGUGGGGUGCCAGUCCGCUCAAAACGAGAACGGAUUCUGGAUGAAAAUGAUUGAAAAACAAAAACCGUGCGUCAACAGCCUAGUCACGUCUCAUCUAGUCCUCAGACAAUCCUCGAAAUUGCCGUUUCCUCUCUAUGGACGGUCAAUUUUUGAAGUAAACAAAAUAAUAUUGUGCAAUCUUUUUUUUGUGUUUUGUACUUACGGUAUAAAUCUUCCUAUUAAAAAAAAAAAAAAAAAAAAAACACCGACUGCUUGCUCCUACAGUUUAUGAACGUAUUAUUAACUGUGUAAGUAAAAUAACUUCCUUUUUAUCUAGACGUGUUUUAUUUAUUUCUAAAUUGUUUCAAUUCAAUAAUUUACAAAAAUAAAAAUAAUCCGGUUAAAAUGAUAAGUAUUGUGUUGUUCUAUUUAAAUAAUGUUUAUUUUGUUG